AUGAUGCUUUUAGCUGCCGCCUGGCUGCUCUGUUGCGCGCGCGCUCGCGCUCGAAACGCCACGUCGCGCGCUCUGGCGGCGCCGCCCGACCGGCGCUGCAAGGACGAGCCGCGCUGCCUCAACGAGCUCGGCGACGAGGUCUUCGACCGCGCCGUCGACGCGCUGCGGCGCUGCAAGAAGCGGGACGACGCCUACCUGAGCUGCGACCUCGGCGACGGCUGGUACGGCUGGACGACGGAGUUCUACCGCUUCGCGCGCGCGAAGAUCCGGCCCGACGGCGGCCUCGCGCUCCUCGAGGGCUUCGACAUCCCGAGCUGCAGCGGCCGGAGCCAUCGCGCGUCGCCCCAGGACCGCUUCUGCGAGUUCGCGCGCGAGGGCGUCAAUGACCGCGAGGCCGUCUUCCUCGCGAACCCCUGGGGCGGCAACUUCCAGCACUUCAUGUUCGAGCUGCUGCCGCGCGCGUGGAUCGCGGCCGAGCUCCUGAGGCGGGCGCGGCCGGACGCGCCGCCGCCGGAGCUCGUGCUCGGGCCCCACAUGCGCCAGGCCUUCCACGUCGAGAGCGUGCGGCUCGCCACGGGCCUGACGCCGAAGAUCAUCGGCGACAUGGAGAACCAGCCCGCGUACGGCCACGUGUGGGUGCCGCCGUACGCCGCCGAAAACUUCGGCGACUGGUCCGCGCUGGGCUUGAAGGCAUUGCGAGAGAUCCACGGCGAUCUCCAGAGGCGCUUCGUGCGCGGCCCGCCGACGAAGCGCCUCGCCUACUUCACGCGGCGCGACGCGGCCGUCGGGAAAGGCCGCGCGAUGCUCAACGAGCCCGACUUCGUCAAGGCCCUCGAGGCGCUGGGCGCCGACGUGCUCGAGUUCAGCGCGUUCGGGACCAUGGAGGACCGCGUCCGGGGGCUGGCGAACUACUCCACCAUCGUCACGCCCUUCGGCGCGGCCGUCGCGAACCUCGUCUUCAGCCCGGCGUCGACGCGGUGGAUCAACGUCUGCCCGCCGACGAUGUGCUCGCGCAACGAGGAAAACUUCAUCAGCUUGUUGGCGGGAAGCCUCAUGAUGCGCGAGCACCGGGGCUUCGUGCGCUACACGGACCGCGGCGCGGCCCACGCCGUCGACGACGCGGACCCCGAACUCACGAACGGCGACUAUCGGAACCACGCCUACCGCGUCGACGUCGACACGCUCGUGGCCUUCGUGGUCCGCGUGGCUCCGCACAACGUGCGCGAGGCCUGGAUCGUGCGCCGCGAGGGGGGCACGGAGCAGCUCGUCGGGCUGCGGAACCUCGAGGAGGUCGACGCGGCGGUCGAGGAGAGCGCGCCCGAGGAGGCGGCGGAAGCGGCGGCGGUCGAGGAGGCGGCGGAAGCGGCGGCGGUCGAGGAGGCGGCGGAAGCGGCGGCGGUCGAGGAGAGCGCGCCCGAGGAGGCGGCGGAAGCGGCGGCGGCCGAGGAGAGCGCGCCCGAGGAGACGGAGGAGGAGGAGGAAGCGUCCGCGCCCGCGUCGAACGAGCGCGCGUCGGCGACGAGCGAGCGAAUCGUCGCGGCGCCGGACUGCGCGUCCGUCCUCGGCCUGACGACGGCGUCGAUCGACGCGUCCGACGAUCCGCUGGGCCUCAUCGCGCGGAAGCUCCGGAGUCUCACGCGCCAGAACCUGGAAGCGGCCGCCCACGACCGCGCCGUGGGCGCCGCCGAGUGGCUCAGCGAGCACCUGCGGCCGCGGUGGCACCGCGUCGGCUUCGAGGAUCAGAUCGAGGUGCGCUGCACGCCACCGUCGGAACUCUACUCGGACGAGGAGGUCUGGCUCCCCGGCGUGAAGAAGGGGGGCGGCUACGUCGAGGUUCGAUCGCGGACGCGCGGUGACGAGAUCGACAGUCUCGGAACCUUCAAGCUGCCAGCGGCGCGGCUCCGGCCCUCGGGUCCGUGGGGCCGCGCCGUGUCGUGGAAGCGCCUCGCGACGGGCCGCGUCGUCGUGCUGGACCGCCCGGAGGGCUACCGACGCGGCGACCGCGUCUUCCUCCACGACAAGCGGACGGGCGCCUACGACGCGGCCCUGGUCUGGCGGCAGACGGCGACGCGGAACCUCUACGACGUCGUGCUGGACGCCAACGCCGCCGGGUCGCGGGACGUCGACGAGUGCAUGCGCAAGGAAGUCCGCGACUGCGAGCUCUCGCCGACGGACGGGGCGCCGCCCGCGGACGACGAGGCGCCGCCGCCGCCGGAGGAGAAGGCGCGACGCGCGGCGCCGGAGGGCGGGGACCGGAAACGGCAGAAAACGGUCGUGUCCUACGGCCCUUCGGACCUCAACGCGACGUACCGGUCGCAGUGGAUGGAGUCGCGGACGGGGUCCAUGAUGUCGCGGGACCUGCUCAAGGACUUUGAGAAACUCAAGCGCGAGGCCGCCGGCCGCGAAGCCUUCCGGACGCAGCUCGAGCGGCUCGCGGGGUGCCAGAAACAGGCGCCCGAAGCGACGAAGCCGCUCGUCGAGGAGCGGAUGGCGGAGCUCUACGGGAAGAUCACGUGGAGCGAUCCCGCGCGCGGCCUCGUCGUGUGCCUGCUCUGCGGCGGCAUGGGCGCGUGCGUCUACGCCAUGUACAGCGUCGGCCUGAAGAUCGCCCGGGUCAUCAACUGGGAGAUCGAUCGCCUCGCGCGCGCGCCCCUCGAAAAAUUCUGCAGAGCCAAGGGCAUCGAGUACGAGUCGCCGAUGCCGUCGGCCGCGCGCGCGCGGCGCGAGGAGGCGCCGGGCGCCGCGGUGCCCGUCGAGGGCAACGUCUGCCGCCUCACGGCCGCGGACGUGCCCGCGGACGUCGACGUCCUCUCGUCGACGGGGCCCUGCCAGGACCUCUCGCGCGCGAACGCGCGCCGCGAGGGCUACAGCGGCGCGAACGCGACGCCCCACUUUGCGAACUCGGCCUUCCUCUGGCGCGCGGCGGCGCGACGCGCGCCCGGAAACGCGGAGCGAUUCGACCGUCCUCGUAGGCAAGCGCUCCGCGAGAACCCGAAGCUGCAGAUCCUCUGCGAGAACGACAAGGACACCUUUCUCUGCGCGGGCCUGCCCCUCGUGCGCGCGCACACGCGGCCCGGCCACUGCCACAACCGGCCGCGGUCGCUCCACUCGAGCUUCCCGCCCGCGGACCGCGCGGAGCGCGGCUACGCGACGUACCAGGCGCUCCUCGACGACCUCCACGGGCCGGGCGUCUUCGAGGCGCUCGUCCCGCGGCUGCCCUGCUUCCGCGCGGGCUUUCCGCCGCGCGACGCCGCGAAGCGCCGCGUCGCCGACGACACGACGCACGCCGUCGGCCUCGAGGAGGCGCUCCUGGCCAUGGGCUUUCCGGCGGACUGGUUCGACGGCCUCGGCCUCGACGACCGCGACGCCUGGCGCAUCCUCGGCAACUCGGUGCACGUGCCGCUCCUCGAACUCUUCUACGAGAGCCUGCUCGACGUCUACGCCGCGCGCCACGGCGACGACGUCGACGCGGAGCGCCGUCGGGCCAUCGCCGUCGUCCGCGGCCGCGCCAAGGCGGCCUUCGACUUCUAG